AUGAAGUCCUAUGUGUCGGCCGUCUCGGGCGCCUUGCUUCUGCUGGGCACCCUACCCGGCACCAUCGCUGAACUCAAGAUCAGCUCCGGCGACGAAAUCAUUACAUCCUCCAGCAAGCUAGCCAAGGAUCUUUUCACCCUCUACGAUGGUGACAAGCCCGGCAAAGCCCCUGGCAUUCUUCCCGGACCGCCUCCGUAUGGCGGAGGCGACUACUACUACAUCCAGGGCGCCGGUUUCUGGCAAACUUACAUCGACUACCAGCAUCUGACUGGCGACGACUCCUUCCAGGACAGUAUCCUCAAGGGUUUAGCCCACCAGAUUGGCCCGAACGACAACUACUUGCCUCCAAACUCCACACUGGAAGCAGGAAACGAUGGCCAGUGCUUCUGGGGUUCGGCGGCUCUGCAAGCCGCCGAGUACCAGCUUCCAAAUUACGACGGCAGAGCUUCGUGGAUCGAGCUAGCGAAGAAUGUUUGGACGGAACAGAGCUCUGAUCUUCGUCAGGAUGGUACUUGCGGCGGCGGAUUGCGUUGGCAGUUUGCCUCUUUUAUCGAAGGUUAUGAUUGGAAGCAGGCGACCGCGAACGCGUGCCACCUCACAAUGGGCGCCCGUCUCGCCAGGUUUACCGGGAACGCCACCUACGCCGAGCAUUCUGAGAAGACGUGGGACUGGCUGAGCAACGUUGGCCUCAUUGACAACAAAACGAUGGCUGUGUACGACGGCACCAGUGUUGAAAAGAACUGCACCAACAUCAACAAGGCCCAGUGGUCUAUGAACGUCGCAUCUCUCGUAGAGGGGGCAGCGUUUAUGUAUAACUUCACCAACGGCUCGGAUAUCUGGCGUGACCGCACCCAGAAGCUCACCGACUCUCUUCUCAAGACGUUCUUUCCCAAGGGCAUUGCCUAUGAAGUUGCUUGUGAGAAAAAGAAGGGUGUCUGCCCCGUCGACGCCCUCUUCAUGAAGGGAUACGUCCACCGCUGGCUUGCCGUCGCGACCCAAGUCGCGCCAUUCCUUUCGGAAAAGGUUCUCCCCGUGCUCAAGACUUCAGCCGAAGCCGCGGCCAAGCAAUGCAAAGACAGCGAUAACGGCACCACAACCUGCGGCUUCUACUGGAGCGAUUCCAAAUUCGUUGACCCUCGAACUGCAGACGACACCACCGGUGUUGGUGAGGGCACCAGUGUGUUGAGUGCGAUUUCGAGCUUGCUCAUCAACGACGCAAAGGUUCCGUUCACCGAGAAGGACGAAGGUAGCAGCAACGGUGGCUCAGGAGGUUCUGGCUCGGGCGGCUCCGCGACUGGGACUGGGACUGCGGGCCCGGCCUCGCCGACGGAAUCGCCUUCAGGGGGAGGUCGCUUUGCAGUGGAUAUGAAGUUGUCUCUGUUGGUUGGAACGAUGGCAGCUUUUGCCUGGGCCAUUUGA